GCGGUGACGACUGUGGUGGAGAAGGCCCGGAUGGGCUCUGCGUUCUGGAGUGGCGCUGCUUGGGCUGGUGGCAGAUUGCAGGCUCCUAGCGCUGCGGCUGAAGAGAACGGCGAGUGGUUUCGGCUUUUCCCUUCGGGGUUCCCGCAACGAUGAGUGCUGCCCGGGAGUCCCAUCCGCACGGGGUGAAGCGCUCAGCCUCCCCAGAUGACGAUCUCGGAUCUAGCAAUUGGGAAGCAGCAGACUUAGGUAAUGAAGAAAGAAAACAGAAGUUCUUGAGACUUAUGGGUGCAGGAAAGAAAGAACAUACUGGUCGUCUUGUUAUAGGAGAUCACAAAUCAACAUCUCACUUCCGAACAGGGGAAGAAGACAAGAAAAUUAAUGAAGAACUGGAGUCUCAAUAUCAGCAAAGUAUGGACAGUAAAUUAUCAGGAAGAUAUCGACGACAUUGUGGACUUGGCUUCAGUGAGGCAGAAGAUCAUGAUGGAGAAGGUGAUGUGGCUGGAGAUGAUGAUGAUGAUUCGCCUGAUCCUGAAAGUCCAGAUGAUUCUGAAAGUGAUUCAGAGUCAGAGAAAGAAGAAUCUGCUGAAGAACUCCAAGCUACUGAGCACCCUGAUGAAGUGGAGGAUCCCAAAACCAAGAAAGAUGCAAAAAGCAACUAUAAAAUGAUGUUUGUUAAAUCCAGUGGUUCAUAACUCCAGAACACUUAGUCUUUGUAUUAAAAGUAAGCCUUAUUGUUAUAAUGCACAGUGGAGGACUGCUUAUAGAGCACAGACCUUUGUAUUAUAAUUUUUAAAAAGGCCCUUUUAAAUAAUUACAAAGAGUGUUUGCUUUCAGAUGCCAUGGGUUACACUUUUAUGGGCAUGACUAUAACCAUUUUUGUAAAGAGUAAGAGUUGUAUAAAAUAAGAAAUACAGUACUCAAUUUCCUUUCAUAUUAUAGUAUCAAACCUAAUCUCACCUUAUUACCCCUUCAAAUAGUUAAGGGGGAGACACUAUUUUUGUUUGUGGUAGCUUUUCCAUCUUUUUUUGUUCUUCCCUAUUUUUCUCUUAAAAAAGUUUAUCUGAUACUGUGAUGUGUUCAUGAAAAAGUUAUACUUUGUUAUUGGCAGCAGAAAUAAGCAUGAUGAAUAGUUCUACAAUCUAAAUUGAUACUGGCAAAAGAUUAGGCAUGUAAGUUUACUCUUACUAAUUCAGCUCUACUCUUUUGGACCAAAGCAACACAAGAGCAAAUACUUUUCACACCUAUUAGGAUGAAGUUGCAACUGUAAUACAUUUGGAAUAUGAUCCCAAGCAGUCUUUAUAUAAUUUGAGUUACAUUGUAAGACUUUUUGAUAAAUUUUGGCCGCUUUUUACAGAAGAAAUUACUUCUCUGAUCAUUUGGUCCUAUCUGUUUAGGAAUGUGUAAAACAAUUUUUUUUUUUUUGAGGUAAUAUGUGACCAAAGUUAAUUUUCUUCCUAAGGCCUAAAUAAAGAGAAAGCAGUUUCCCGUUUCCUGUAUUUGGUUGUGAUACCUUUAUCCCCAUUAUCUACAAAUGAGUAAUGAAUGAAAAGCUCAAAUUCUCUUCAUUUUAUCCCAGUGCUGUUAUCCUGAUCUAAUUACCAAAAGUAGUAUUGCUGAUUAUGUUACUGCUUCUGUUGGAGUGAGAUUAGACUCAUCUGGUGUUAUGUGGUUGAUAUGUACAGCCAAUUAAAUACAGACUGCAUUA